UCUUGAUCUUGCCGGUACUCACAUUGGGUCCGACAGUCACCGACGUCCAAUCUAAUUGAAAUGGAUUGGAUGUCAGUCGCCGUCAAUGGCAGCAAAUGAGUAGAAAGUGUCCAAUUUAUAUAAGGUUCUGUAGAGGUGCACCUGUUCACCUUUGACGCUUCAGUGUGAACGCGUAAAACAGCAUAAGUAUGACCAAUGUGGCAUGGAAACCGACCGAUAUAAGCGUUAAAAGGUAAAGGUGGCCGGUGAAUAAUGCAGAAGUAGGCUAGUAUCUUCUUUGGCCUGCCGGUCUACUCCCACAUCCACACCACUGUUCUUGGAUCAGCUGUUGUAACCAGAGAGUGCCCCUAACAAAAGACAUCGUUAUGUGUCUACAGGAGGUUGGAUAGGAGACAUUGAAGCCCCACUGUGUUGGAAAGGAAAAUGCAGGGUCCAAACGGGCCAAAGGUCCUCUCCUCCAGAGUGAUAAGCUGCUCUCCGACUCGCUUCCUCGUCUGCGGAGGAGAAAACACCACCAAUCGGGUCCACUUUGGUGGAGGUCCGGGGAGACAUUUUGAUCUCCACCUCAUUUGUAAAGGCCGCCAUGGACAAACACGUUACUCACAUUUCCCGGGAGGACCUGGAAGAGCUCCGAGAAGCGUUCAAUAAAAUUGACAUUGAUAACAGCGGCUAUGUGAGCGACUUUGAGCUCCAGGAAUUGUUCCGUGAGGCCAGCUUCUCUCUGCCGGGCUACCAAGUGCGGGAGAUUGUGGAGACCUUUGUGGCCGGUGACACCAACAAGGAUGAGAAGAUCAGCUUUGAGGAGUUUGUCUCUAUCUAUCAGGAGCUAAAGAGCAAGAAAUUCAGCGAGACCUUCCGCAAAUCCAUCACCAGGAAGGAUGGCAUCCGCUCCUUCGGAGGGACGUCAGGAAUUUCAAGUGUGGGGACACAACAUUCCUACUCAGAUGAGGAGAAAGUGGCGUUCGUCAACUGGAUCAACAAAGCAUUGGCCAAAGAUCCCGACUGCCGCCACCUUCUGCCCAUGAACCCCGAUGACCAAAGCCUCUUCACUUCGGUCCGUGAUGGCAUCCUGCUGUGCAAAAUGAUCAACUUGUCUCAGCCCGACACCAUCGACGAGCGAGUCAUCAACACCCGCAAGCUCACCACCUUCACAAUGACUGAAAACCUUGUCCUGGCGCUAAACUCGGCCUCAGCCAUCGGCUGUACGGUGGUUAACAUCGACGCUCUUGAUCUGAUGGUUGGGAAACCUCAUCUGGUGCUAGGAUUAUUCUGGCAGAUUAUCAAAGUGGGCCUAUUCGCUGAUAUAGAAAUCAGCCGGAAUGAAGGCAUGAUUUGCCUCCUGACAGAGGGCGAGAGUCUGGAUCACUUGAUGUCUCGUUCUCCUGAGGAGUUGCUGCUCCGCUGGGUCAACUACCAUUUGCACAACGCCGGCACCCACAGCAUCUCCAACUUCUGCGACGAUAUCAAGGAUUCUCGGGCGUACUUCCACCUCUUGGACCAGAUCGCUCCCCGUGGAGAACACGACUACAGGAGCAUCAAAAUCGACAUGAGCGGCCUGAACGAGCGAGAUCUGAACCAACGUGCCGAGCUGAUGCUGCAGCAGGCGUCCCGUCUGGACUGCCGGCAGUUCGUGACGGCACACGAUGUCACCUCGGGGAACGCCAAGCUCAAUUUGGCCUUCGUGGCCAACCUGUUCAACACGCACCCGGCCCUACAGAGGGGCGACGUUAAUGGCUUGGAAGACGCCCGGCUGGAGCCCGAGACCCGAGAAGAGAAGACCUUCCGCAACUGGAUCAACUCCCUGGGCGUUAAUCCCUAUGUGAACCACAUGUACCACGAUCUUUGUGACGGUUUGGUGAUCCUGCAGCUGUACGAGAAGGUCAACGUUCCCGUCAACUGGAAGAAAGUCAACCUGCCGCCGUACCCCGCCUUGGGAACUAAUAUGAAGAAGCUGGAAAACUGCAACUACGCUGUGGGCCUGGGCAGGAACGUGGCCCACUUCUCCCUGGUGGGCAUCGGUGGCGAAAACCUUAACGAAGGAAGCCCCAUGCACACUUUGGCGCUGGUGUGGCAACUCAUGAGGAGGUACACCAUGUUGGUGUUAUCCGACCUUGGUGACGGCGAGCGGGUGGGAGAACAGAUCAUUCUCAACUGGGUCAACACUACGCUCAGCCAAAAGCAUCCAGAUUCGCAGAUCAGUAGCUUCAAGGACCUCCACAUCAGCACAAGCCUGCCAGUGAUUGACCUUAUUGACGCAAUCGCGCCCGGCACUGUCAAGUGGGAUGUGGUGACCAGACCCGCAAGUGGUGUGAUGAAGAUCUCCGACAAACACAACAAUGCCAAAUACGCAAUCUCAUUAGCCCGCAAGAUCGGCGCGCGUGUUUACGCUCUGCCUGAUGACUUGGUGGAAGUGAACCCCAAGAUGGUGUUGACACUGUUCGCUUGUCUCAUGGGCCACGGUAUGAAAAAGGCCCCACCGCUAAACCAACAAACAAAUAAAAAAAAAUAUCCGCUGAUAUAAUUUGUUUUAUCAUUUGCUUGAAUCUUCAUUCGUUCCAUCUUCAAAAAUGACAAAAAUACAUAGAAUCAUGUCUCACUGCAUUAUUAUUUUCCAUGAUUGCCCACUUUGUAUAUUAUUUAAAUGAAAGUUGAAGUCGAUAGGA